CUGCGUAUGUAUGAAAGCGUCGAUCGGAUUGUUGGACCAAGUCGUCGCCACCUGGCUCCUGCAUUCAUUGCCACUAGCCAUUGGAUGUUCCGUAUGUACUGUUAACCGUUGAUCGCCGGUUAACCAUUUUAAAGAACCUCCAACUUGUUCUCUUCUCCCUCGAACCCCUCUCUUCAUGUUCACACAAAUCUAGGUAGCUCUUUUCUCUCUCUUUUCCUAUCUUAUUGCGCAAGACAGAGAACACAAACACAAUGGGACAGGGGGGAGAGAAAUCAACUAACAGCAAAAGGGACAAUGGCAACGAAGCAACCAGAGAAAGAAAUGAAAGAUCUCUCGUUUUGAUCGGUUGAUUGAGAAGAAAGAGAACAAAGGAGAACACCCAAAUCAUCACUUCCGGAGACGUCUGAGGUGUUGAAUUUGCCAGUAACAAAUCUAGGUAGCUCUUUUCUUUCUCUCUUUUCUUAUCUUACUACGCAAGACAAAGAACACAGACGCAAAGGGACAGAGGGGGGAGAAAAAUCAACUAACAGCAGAAGGGACAGUAGCAACCAAGAAACCAUAGAAAGAAAUGAAAGAUCUCUCGUUUUGAUCGGUUGAUGGAGAAGAAAGAGAACAAUAGUGAACACCCAAAUCAUCACUUCUGGAGACGUCUGAGGUGUUGAAUUUUCCAGCAUGGAUGAAAAUGUGGACAACAGUGAAUCCUUGAUUGGCCGUAUUCAACAGUUGGAACAUGAGCGUGAUGAAUUGCGUAAAGAUAUUGAACAAUUGUGCCUGCAGCAAGCUGGACCCAGCUACCUCGUUAUUGCUACUAAGAUGCAUUUUCAAAGGACAUCUGCCUUGGAGCAGGAGAUUGAGAACUUGAAGAAGAAGUUGGCUGCUGCUACAAGAGAUAAUCUAAACCUUCAAGAGGAGCUAUCAGAAGCAUAUCGUAUCAAGAGCCAGCUAGCAGAUUUACAUAGUGCAGAGGUCUCAAAGAAUAUGGAAGCAGAAAAGCAGGUUAAAUUUUUUCAAGGUUGUGUUGCUGCUGCAUUUGCUGAGAGGGACCAUUCUCUGGUGGAGGCUGAGAAGGCUAAGGAAAAGGAGGAGCUUAUGUCACAGAAAUUAAAUGAUUUCCAGAGAAGGUUAGAGGAGCUUACUUCAGAAUGCCUUGAAGAAAGAAAACUUAGUUCUACAUUACAGGUGGAUUUAGCAAUGCUAAAGGACCAGAAUGAAAAUUUCAAAAAGGUUAUUAAUAAGUUCUAUGAGAUCAGAGAAAGCACUUUGGGUGGCUAUGAGGAUAGGAAUUGGGAUGACAAAUGUGCUUGUCUUUUACAAGAUCCUACAGAAAUGUGGAGUUUUGAUGAUAGUAGGAUAGCUUCCACCUCUAAAUAUAUCGGUGCUUUAGAAGAAGAGCUGGAAAGAUUAAGAUGCUCAGUGGAUAAUCUUCAAAACAAGCUUCGAGUGGGAUUGGAGAUUGAAGAUCACCUAAAGAAGAAAAUCCACAAAUUGGAAAAGAAGAGGAUUCUUUCGGAUGACGUGAUUAUGAAAAGAAUAUCAGAGUUGCGCCAUUUUUACACUCUGCACCGAUUUGACAUUAAGAAUUUACUUGAGAAAGAAAAUGCUCAGUUUACUUCAAUGAUUGAUAUGGUAAAAGCAGAGCUGAGCCAAUUUCACAUGAGCAGCAUUCAAACUUUUGAGUCUCCCAGGAGAGAUGAAAGGUUCGAUGACAUUGAAUAUCGAGAUGUUCAUAUAACUAAUGAUGCUCACCCCAAUGUUGUGGCUGAGAAGAAAGGUCUAGUUGAAGCAAACAUUGUAGCUGAUGAGACACUUAAUACCUCAGAUGCUCUUGCACAGGCACUUAGAGAGAAGGUUGCUGCACUAUUGCUUCUAUCUCAACAGGAAGAAAGGCAUUUAUUGGAGAGGAAUGUAAAUGUAGCUCUCCAGAAGAAGAUAGAGGAGCUUCAGAGAAACUUAUUACAAGUGACUAAUGAGAAGGUGAAGGCUCUUAUGGAGUUGGCUCAAUUGAGGCAGGAAUAUCAACUACUUCAGGAAAACAUCAGUCAUGAAAUGAAUCAGGGAAGUCAUUUGGCUAACAUUGGACACAGAAGCAUUGCUACUCAUGAAAAAGAUGGAAGAUUGAGAAACUUGUUGAAGAAAACAUAUCUGCGCCGUUGGGUUGGUAGACUUGAAGCAAGUGGAAAUGAAGCCGAUGAUAGCAUAAAUAAUCAAGGCAUUUUCACCAAUAAAAGAUCUAACCAAGCUGUGGAUUUUGCAAGGAUCAAGGUUGAAAAUGCAAGCCUUAAAGAAAGCUUAGAAAGUAUGGAUCACCUGACUUCUUUGAUUCACAGACUCCGUAUCUCACUUUUAAAGGUUAAAGACCCUGCAACAUUCCAAGAUCCUGUUACCAGUACACCUAAAGCCCUGGAUGAAAUUAUUGCCGAGGCUAAACUUAUGAAGACUGCUCUUAGUAGCUCUCUUCCAAUUAGCUGGUCAGCUGAUGCUGACCCUGGAACACAUGGUGGAAAUAGCAAUGAUGUGUCAUGCGAUGGUUCUGGGGACUCUUGGAGUGAGAAGGUUGAUUCUGUUUCUGCUGCUGGAUUGGAGAUGGUGGAGCUCCUGAUACUGGCAUGCCAGAAUCUUAAGGAGAGUAACGGAAAUGAUUAAUAUGACAGGUUCAUGAUCAGGAUCCAUAUAGCUAUCCUGCCUUUUAAGCAUUGUUUUAUUGUGGAUCAGCAACAUCAAAUGUCUAGUUAGUAAUUAUCAAUACAAAGUAAUGUAAAUGGUUCAGUGUUGUCUUAUAUUUGUAUAUAACACCUUUGUAUUAAAUAAAAUAUUGGGGAAAUUAGUUAUCCCUCGUGUGUAUUCA